UUAACCUACACACCAGCUGUCCACAUUGGACGGCUCUCACCAACAAUUUCAAUAUCAGUCUCUUCUGUGUUGUUUGGGAACUCCCUUCGUCUCCCAAAAUUACAGACAACACAAAUGAACUCACUCUUUCGCUUCCUUCCUCUUACAAAAUUUGGUUUUUCAAUUUAAUUACUCGCUAUUUCUUCCACUAAUUGCUGCGUUUCAAUGCCUGCUAAGUUCAUAGCCAAAUCGUGCCUGGAUAACCCUAGACACUUGCAAACAGCUCCUACCCGCCAGCCGUUUUGGCGUAUUUCUCAGUUUUUGUUUUCUUUACUAGCUUUGACUCGCUUGUAGUUAUAGAAUUCCAUCGUUUGAGCCUCCGAUGGCGCCCAGUCGGAGAAAAGGUGAUAGCAAAGCCGCCGCCGCCGCCGCUCGCCGUCAAUGGAAGGUGGGCGAUCUUGUCCUCGCGAAAGUUAAAGGCUUCCCUGCUUGGCCUGCCACGGUAAGUGAGCCAGAGAAGUGGGGCUAUUCAGCUGAUUGGAAGAAAGUACUGGUGUACUUCUUUGGAACCCAACAAAUAGCCUUCUGCAAUCCUGUUGAUGUUGAAGCAUUUACUGAAGAAAAAAAACAAUCUCUUUCGGCCAAACGCCAGGGAAGGGGUGCAGAUUUUGUUCGUGCAGUGCAGGAAAUUAUAGAUAGUUAUGAGAAAUCAAAGAAACGGGACCAGGUUGAUUCCAAUUCUGGUGAUGAGGGCACCCUGGCAAAUGGUGGAAAUUCAGCAGACUCAUCUGCCCACUUUGGAUUGAAGGACCGAACAGAAGCUUCUGAAGCAGCACUCGAUUCACAAUUGUUAAAUUCAAAUUCUCCUACAGCUGCUGAUGAUCCAAGUCUUCUAUCUCAGAAUGCUCCUGCUGUUGGACCAUUAGAUGCAAUGCCUGAUAAAGAGGCCUUAGCAGAACAACCUGCUGAUAACUUGGUUGUUAAAGAAAUACCUGUUCUAACCACCUAUACUUCAAGAAAAAGAUCUGGAGGCUUGCCAUUUCAAAAUACUCAGAGAAAGGUACUUUCAACGCGAAGGUCUAUAAGCUCAACAAGGGUUGAACACUGUAGAUUCCAGAAUUUUAUGGUGCCAUAUAAUGAUGAGGAGAAGAAUGCAGGGGAGAUAUCUGCCAAUGUUGCUAGAGAUGGAUCCUUACAAAGGAAUAAACGAAUCAGAAAAUCACCUGAUGCCUCUGAAUGUGAUGAUAUGGAUUCAUUUGCUUAUAUAUCAAACGGUAGCAUUGAGGACAAUGGUUCUGAAAUUGUAACAGUUGAAUCUGAUGCCUUCAGUCUGAAUGAGAGCAGCACCGUGGAUUCUGGCUGUAAAGUCGAACAUUCAGAGACUGUCGUUGAGUGUUUGGAGGGAGAUGUUGAGUUAAGCAAAGGGCUUGAUUUCCAAAUUAAGGCUGUUUUCUUAAAGAAGAAAAGAAAACCAAAUCGAAAGCGAAGUACUAGUGAUGCAGUUGAUCCUUUUGCGAGAAUGGACACAGAAGCUGAUGCAGGGAUGAAUAAUUGCCAUUUUUCUCAAAAUAAUGGCAGCAUUUUUGAUAAAUGCCUUUCAAAAGAAGAUGGAGAUGAGCACCUUCCAUUAUUGAAACGAGCCAGGGUUAGAAUGGGCAAACAAUCCUCUGCAGACGGUUUGAAAAAUUCUUUGCUGACUCAAGAAAAACCUUUCAAGGAUGUUACUCUUAAUAUGUUAGGGCAAACCAGCCCCUCUUCAAAUCAUGAUGAUAAUGUUCAGGUAGAUUGUUCUGCAGUGAAGAGAUUUCCAGAGAAUGUAUCACCUUUGAAGGACUGCACUGACAUUGUAGGAAUUAGGCCACAGCUUUGUAAAGAUACGAAAUACCUAUCAUUUGGCUGUUCUGCUGAUGUUGAAGCUGCUCUACCUCCGUCUAAACGCCUCCAUCGUGCACUUGAAGCAAUGUCUGCUAAUGCUGCUGAAGAAGGUCAAGCCUGCAUUGAGGCAUUGUCAACCAUAAACCCAUCUACUGAUGUGUUAUGCAUUGAAUCCUUAACAAGAUGUUCUAAUGAGACUAUCGAAAGCAAAGAAGGGAGUGGUUUGGGACUGUGCAGUGCAGACUCGGAAGACGAUGCUUCUGGUUUCUAUUCUAGGUCAAAUCCCAAAGUUUUGGAGGGGUCUACCAAAUCUUCUGGAGAAGCACAUAGUGCUGAUCAACUCACCAAGAGUCCUAAGAGCCAAAAUCAUCAAUUGGAUGGAGAUGUUGUAGGCCCUAUGAACAAUGAUGAUGGCGAAGAUCCUACAUUGUCACCUUUGGCCAUUCAUACAAUCCAGACUGGGGUUCAAGAACAAACUCUGGAACACAUUUUGCCUAGUCCUGACAGAAGACAGGCUAAAUCCAUGCCAGACGAAGAUUCAUUUGAUCAGUUGUUGCCUUCUAAGUGUGAAGGCAAUGCUGAGAAUCUUGAGUUGAGUGAUUUUAGAGCUGAAAAUGUUGAGAAAGAGCUUGAUACUGUGGUAAAUGAGUCAAGCCUGGAUACUGUGUCAGGGGCUGAUGAAAGUGCUAAGGUUUCACCUAAAAUUGAUUCUGACCUGCAUCAGUACAAUUUGGAGGGAACCGGUUGUUGUAAUACCAAGUCUUUGAGUUCUCAAAAUGAUGACAACUGCCAUAUUAAUGGAAUGUGUGAUAUUCUGGAAGAGUUCAAAAAUAAAGAAAGGCAGAUGGAUAAAGGUUUGGUUUCCUUUUCUGAAAAUCAUGUAGUGGACAAGGUUGUCUCAAAUGUCCAAUUAACUCUAUCUCCGGUUGAUGGGGUGGAUUCUCCUGCACUGGUUUCUCCUCCCAAUUCUUCACUUUGUCACAUAUCUACAUCAGAAAGUGCAAAUGUUGUUCAAAACAAUGCUAGUUGUGGUCCCAAUGUUCACUCACAACACAAGAAAAUUUUGGGCACUCAAAUUGCUGAUGAAGAGGAAAACAGCUAUACAUUUGUAACUCAUAGGCCAACAUUUAUGGGAAAGUGGAGUGAUUAUUCAGAGGCACAUACUGCUCUUACUUCUUUUGAGGCUUUGCUUGGGUCAUUAACAAGGACGAAGGAGAGUAUUGGGCGAGCAACUCGCAUGGCUAUUGACUGUGUAAAGUUUGGUGUUUCUGCAAAGGUGGUGGAAAUUCUAGUUCGAAACUUGGAGAGCGAGUCUAGCUUACACAAAAGGGUGGAUUUGUUUUUUCUUGUGGAUUCUAUUACUCAGUGCUCUCGAGGUUUGAGAGGUGAUGUUGGUGGUAUAUACCCUUCGGCUAUACAGGCUGUGUUGCCGCGCUUACUGUCAGCUGCUGCUCCUCCUGGAAAUACUGCUCUGGAAAAUCGUAGGCAAUGUUUAAAGGUUUUGAGGGUUUGGCUGGAGAGAAGAAUACUUCCAGAAUCAGUUAUUCGUCACCAUAUGCGAGAACUCGAUUCAUUUAGUUGUUCAUCUUCUGCUGGUGCCUAUUCUCGUCGUUCAGCAAGAACAGAAAGGGCUUUAGAUGAUCCUAUUAGAGAUAUGGAGGGCAUGCAUGUUGAUGAAUAUGGAAGCAAUUCAAGUUUUCAGCUUCCUGGAUUUUGUAUGCCCCGCAUGUUAAAGGAUGAAGAUGAAGGAAGUGAUUCUGAUGAAGGGAGUUUCGAGGCUGUCACUCCUGAACAUAAAUCUGAAACUGUCGAGGAGCGGGUUACAAUCCCUGUCAUUGAGAAGCAUAGACAUAUAUUGGAAGAUGUAGAUGGUGAACUGGAAAUGGAGGAUGUGGCUCCACCUUGUGACAUGGAGAUGGGUUCAAACAAUAACAGUGCUGAAAUUAAUACUACAGAGACUUCGCAAAAUCAGUUAGUGCCCUUUGUCCCUCCUCUACCACAAGAUAUGCCUCCUUCAUCACCACCAUUGCCGUUGUCUCCCCCUUCACCACCUCCUCUGCUUUCCCCAUGUGCAACGUCUGAACCUUACUCUAAUGGAGCAGGCAUGCAUAACAUGCAAAAUGAUGUGAGACUAUCUGUAGCCCAGCAGUCAGUUGCACCAGGGAUGAAUCCAUCGAUGCCUAUGAAUGCAGUUCUUUAUCAUGCUUCAGAUUGUCGGGAUCAUCAGAUGCCGAUGCGGAUGUCCGACUCUGCUAGCUCUUUUGGCAGUUAUCAUGUAUGCCCAUCAAACAAUGUUCAACAAGCUGAUAGCCCAAGGUUCCAUCACAAGCCAUACCCUCCACUGCCACUUCAUGCUCCACCAUCAAAUCAGUUCUCAUAUGUUCAGACUGGCCAGAAUAUUAAAUCUAGGAGGGAACCCCCACCCUCUUCCCUUCCAAAUAGAUACCAUUCUUUGCCACAUGAUGGUGGAAACUAUUACAAUAACCAUGAUAGAAUGAAAUUGGCCCCAUAUGAAGUCCAAGAGAAUUGGAGAUUUCCCACUCCCUCUUUUUCGGGUCCAAGAUACCAUGACAAACCUAAAGAAUCUCAUGGACCUUGUUCAUAUGCUGGUCCCCCAUGUGAACCAACAAGAAUGCCACACCAAGGAUGGGCAUAUCCUCCCCGGGGAAUGAAUCACAGGAGUUCUUUACCCAUUAGACCACCUUUUGGAGGUCCUGUACCAGUAGGAAUAAGAGCUCCAGGCAGUUGGCGGCCAAGAUAAACAAAUAUAAUUACACUAUAAGCAUCGGUUUGACCCAAUUUUUGAUCUGGGUUCUGCGGCUUGUUCAAAAAGAGUGAGUCAUUUCCUGGGCCAAGCCUCAUGGACAUGCUGGGACUGUGUAUAUAUGUAAUUUAUCAGCUCUUCUGCAAAAGCAGGAGGGUGGCAAGACGUAUUGUCAUGGCCAUUGUAGAGAGGACAGUUGGAGAGGUAACUACAUCAAUUCUAGAAUUUUCUUAUUGCUUACAAUUUUGUGUAAUUGACUUAUUGGAAGCCUUUAUAUAGGAACCUUAUCAAUGAAGCAUACGAUGAAAGUACUUCAGUUCCA